AUGAGAGCUGGAGGCUGCACGGUGGAGCAAGCCCUCACGCCGGAUGCUGCAAACGUGGUGAAACAAGCCAUGGGUUUAGCUAGACGGAGAGGACAUGCUCAGGUCACACCUCUCCAUGUAGCUAGCACCAUGCUUUCUGCUCCCACGGGUUUACUUAGAACAGCUUGUCUCCAGUCUCACACUCACCCUCUUCAAUGCAGAGCCCUCGAGCUCUGCUUCAACGUGGCUCUAAACCGCCUCCCGACUUCCACGGGUAGUCCUAUGUUAGGAGUUCCAACUUCCCCUUUCCCUUGUAUCUCUAACGCUCUCGGUGCAGCUUUCAAACGCGCACAGGCUCACCAGAGACGUGGAUCCAUCGAGAGCCAGCAACAACCGAUUUUAGCAGUCAAGAUUGAAGUUGAGCAGCUCAUAAUAUCCAUCCUCGAUGAUCCUAGCGUGAGUAGAGUGAUGAGAGAAGCUGGUUUCUCGAGUCCUCAAGUGAAAAGCAAGGUCGAGCAAGCUAUUUCUUUAGAGAUUUGCUCGAAAACAACCUCUUCGAGUAAACCCAAAGAAGGAAAGUUGUUAACUCCUGUCAGGAACGAGGAUGUUAUGAACGUUAUAGACAGUCUAGUCGACAAAAAGAGAAGGAAUUUCGUGAUCGUUGGAGAGUGUUUAGCCACUGUUGACAGAGUUGUGAGAACAGUUAUGGAGAAAGUCGACAAAAAAGACGUGCCCGAAGCAUUAAAAGACGUAAAGUUUAUAACUAUAUCGUUCUCAUCUUUCGGACAACCGAGUAGAGCAGAAGUGGAACAUAAGCUAGAGGAGUUGGAGACAAUAGUGAGAAGCUGUGUUGGAAAAGGAGUGAUUCUAAAUCUUGGAGAUCUUAACUGGUUCGUUGAGUCUAGAACCAGAGGAUCUUCAGUGUAUAACAACAACAACAAUAGCUAUUGUGUUGUGGAGCAUAUGAUAAUGGAGAUUGGGAAGUUGGCUCGUGGGUUAGUCAUGGGAGAUCAUGGACGGUUUUGGUUAAUGGGUCUUGCGACUUCACAGACUUACUUGAGAUGCAAGUCUGGUCAACCCUCGCUUGAGUCCCUAUGGUGUCUCACUACGCUCACUAUUCCGACGACUAGUAGCCUCCGGUUGAGUCUCGUCUCCGAGAGUGAGCUUGAAGUCAAGAAAUCAGAGACCGUGCUUCUGCAGCCAUUAGAGCAGCUCAGUUGCUGCGAGGAAUGUUCUACCAAUUUUAAGGAAGAAGCUCGGUUCUUACAAUGCAGCAAUAGCAAUGUAAAAAUUGCAGCUUUACCGGCUUGGCUUCAGCAGUACAAACAAGAGAAUCAAAAUAGCCACACUGAUUCAGAUUCUGUAAAGGAACUUGUGGUUAAGUGGAACUCAAUCUGCGACUCAAUUCACAAGAGACCAUCAUCUCUAAAAACAUUCACACUCUCUUCUCCUACUACUUCAUUUUCUGGUUCCAUUCAACCUUCGAGUACUCUGCAUCAUCUUCAAACCAACGGUGAUUGGCCCGUGAUCGAGACACACAAGUACCGUGAUCAGUCUGUGAACGCUGAUGCAUCUCAUUUAAGACUGUUCAUUCCAGAACAUGACGAAAAUGAGCAAAAGACAGAGAUUUUCUCUUCGAAUCCUAACUCGACAAUCAACUCUGCAGCUUCUUCGAGCGAUGCAAUGGAAGUGGAACUUGUUGCUUCUAGGUUUAAAGAAAUGAAUGAUGAAAACCUAUCAACUCUAUGUGAUGCCUUGGAGAAAAAGGUACCAUGGCAGAAGGAAUUAAUCCCCGAGAUCGCGAAAACAAUUUUAAAAUGCAGAUCAGGAUCGAGUACGAGGAAGAUCAAUGGAAACGAAGAUGUAAAAGAAGAGACAUGGAUGUUCUUUCAAGGUCUUGAUGUAGAGGCUAAAGAGAAGAUUGCUAGAGAAUUGGCUAAACUUGUCUUCGGAUCUCAAGACAGUUUUGUCUCGAUUUGCUUGAGUAGUUUCUCAUCGAAAAGAUCGGAUUCCACGGAAGAUUUGAGGAACAAGAGGUCGAGAGAUGAACAGAGCUGGAGUUAUAUUGAGAGAUUCUCUGAAGCUGCUUCGUUUGAUCCAAACAGAGUGUUCUUAGUGGAAGAUAUAGAGCAAGCUGAUUAUUUAUCUCAAAUGGGUUUCAAGAGAGCUAUCGAGAGAGGAAGAGUUCGUAAUUCGAAUGGCGAAGAAGCUUUGCUUAAAGACGCGAUUGUGAUCUUGAGCUGUGAAAGAUUUAGUUCAAGAUCAAGAGCUUGUUCUCCUCCGGUUAAUAUUCAGAAAUCGGACGGUUCAGAUCAAUCUGAGGAGAAGAACGUUGUUACUUGUGUUGCACUCGAUCUCAACCUCUCUCUUGAUGAUGAAGUUUGUGAAGAAGAAUCAUGUGAUGAGAUUGGUUUACUCGAAGCUGUGGAUGCACGGUUUCAUUUCAAGUGUUCAUCAACAUUAUAA